AUGAGCCAACUAAAAACUAUUAAGCAAUUUCAAAACGGCGAAUUUGAAAUUGCGAUAUCAGUGUAUGAUACAGAUGCUGUCGUUAUCAUUCACAACGGAAUUCCAGGAGUUGGAACAAUUAUCAAAACUGAAAAAACAGACGGAUAUGUUGAUACAGAUGUUAUGAUUGGCUUAGAAAAUCAAAUGUUCGAAUUAUUAUGCAUUGAAUUGACGAAAGGAUUGAAAUUUGAUUCAAUAGUAUUCAUUUUGUCCUUUAAGCCAGAAAAAUUGCAAAACUUAGCUGACGUUCGUGCAUUUCUUGAUGAAUUUACAAAGAAUAUCAAUCAAAAAUGA